UCCAGUGGUUAGUAAAAGUUUUUGCUAGUUUGUCUUCAGCUAACUACAAGUAGUUUAGUUACGCUCCUAUUUUACUAUAAUACAUUAUUAUUAUUAUUAUUAUUAUUUCAACAUAUGUUACGAGAGGACGUCAAGUUGAUGAAGAUGGAACUUGUUUUGUCCUUCGCAGUGAUUUUUGCUGUGUUUUUUCCAUCAUGGACGUCGUGCAGUCAUGUGUGUUCGGAGCAUUAUGAUUGUCUUUUUGACAGCGCGGUGGAAGCUUACUACAAGCACGACUGGCUGUCCGUCAUCCUCAACAUGGAGAAAGCUCUUCGGAACCGAGCUGCGGUGCUCAAGGUGACGGCAGGCUGCCGGCUCUCAUGCGCCAACCAAACCGCUUGGGGAGCGCCGAUGGCCGGCUUAGGAGUCCCCAUCCCGGGGGUCGGUUCUGUGGAAGACCUGGGCUUCUUCCAGCACGUCCUCCAGCGAGCACAUUGCGUUAACUCCUGUCAAGAAGACAAACUUUCUUUUUCUCUGCAUCCCGUCAGUCAUGAAGUGGAGUUGGAGUUUAAGAAGAGGACGCCCUACAAUUACUUACAAGUCGCAUAUUUCAAGAUCAAUAAGCUGGACAAGGCAGUGGCAGCAGCCAACACGUUUUUUCAAGCCAACAAAGACCACACAGAGAUGCGACAGAACCUGGACUACUACAGCAUGAUGUCAGGCGUACAGGAAGAAGACUUUAAAGAUCUGGAAGCCAGGCCACAUAUGGCAAUGUUCUUGCUGGGGAAGAGUUACUACAGCGACAACUCAUUUGAUCUGGCAGCCAAAGCGUUUGAGGAGGCGAUAGAUGAGUACUGGAUAGCUGAUAAGGAAUGCAGAGCACAUUGUGAAGGAGCCUACAACUAUGAUGGCUACAAUUACAUGGAGUACAGUGCUGACCUCUACCAGACCAUCACAGACCAUUACGUACAGGUGCUGAACUGUAAGCAGCGCUGUUCCGUGGAACUGGCCUUGCCUGCUGGAAGUGACAAGCCCUUGGACGACUUCCUGCCCUCUCACUUGAACUAUCUGCAGUUUUCCUACUACAAUAGUGAAAGGUACGAGCUGGCCAUAGAGUGUGCUAAGACCUACCUGCUCUUCCACCGGGAUGAUGAAGUGAUGAAGCAGAAUCUUGCCUAUUAUUCAGUCGUACUGGGGGAGGACAAGGCAGAUCUCAUAUCCGCAAGACAGCCUGUGAAAUUAUUCAUUGAACGCUCCCUGCUGGAGAAAGAACUGCUGUACUUUGGAUAUGAAGCUUUUGGGAUCACUUUUAUUGAUCCUGACUCAUGGACUCCAGAAGAUAUCAUGCCAGCAAAACUGAAAGACAAACAAAAGGCUGACAGAGAGACAGCAGCAAGGAUUACAGAAGAAAUAGGAAACCUGAUGAGGGAGAUUGAGACCCUGGUUGAAGAGAAGAAAAAGGACUCCACAGAUGUAGCAAACAUAUUGGUAGCACAAGAAAGUGGAAGUCUACUUUUUGACAACAUAAAGGUGACCAUGACGUCGACCCAGAUGAACGGCUCGCAGCGGGUCCUAUUUGAUGGGGUGGUCACCGAUGAUGAGUGCAGGGACUUGCUACGUCUUUCCAAUGCUGCCGCUCUCAAAGGAGAUGGAUACAGAGGACAGCCUUCUCCCCACUCCACCAGUGAAAUGUUCCAGGGCGUCACCAUCCUAAAGGCUCUGAAGCUGGCACAAGAGGGAAAGGUUUCAUUGAAGGGUGCUCGUCUCUUCUUUGACAUUAGUGAGAAGGUGAAGAAGGUGUUGGCGUCCUACUUUCUCUUGACUUCUCCGCUGUACUUCUCCUACUCACACCUGGUGUGUCGAUCUGCUAUUGAAGAGAAGCAGGAAAAGCGUGAAGAUUUGAGCCACGCUGUUCAUGUUGACAAUUGUCUGCUGGUCUCUGAGCUCAAUGAGUGUUUCAAGGAACCUCCUGCGUACACACAGAGAGAUUACAGUGCAAUUCUUUAUCUGAAUGACGACUUUGAAGGAGGGGAUUUCAUUUUCACGGAGUUGGAUGCCAAAUCAGUUACGGCGGAGGUGCGUCCACAGUGUGGCCGUGUGGUCGCCUUUGGAGCAGGAAAGGAAAACCCGCAUGGUGUGAGAGCGGUCACGAAGGGGCAGAGGUGUGCCGUUGCUCUGUGGUUUACCUUGGAUCCAGCUCAUGAGGAAAAGGAAAGAAUCCAAGCUCAGAAUAUGCUGGAGAUGUUCUCUACCACUGUCAAGUCAGACUUCAUCUCAUACGAGGCAACCAUCAGCUCAGAAUCAAGCAAAGAAACCAAACCGCAGGAACAAGAUGGUCAAAAAGUGGAGCAGAACUCUGCAGAUUCUCAGGACAAAUCUUCUCCUGAAGCAAAGGUCGACGCUGUACAAGCUGUUAGCACAGUCACAACAAAAGACAUGCACGUGGACAAAAAAGAUGCCAAACUCGCAGUCCAAUCCAAUCCAAAAACUUCCACGACAGACUCUAAAGACGAGCUGUGAUCAAACUCCACCUUUAUUUUCGUCAUGUUUGUCCUCAAUUAAGAUACAGUGGUCCAGAAAUGUCUUUUAAUGUGUUUUAUUUAAUAAAAUG